CAAAAUUCAACGUUCUCUGCAAUCAGCAGCAGUAGCAGCAUCAGCAUCUUUUUGCAAAUUGUUUUGGUAUCCCUUAUUGGGGACUUAUUUCAAAUAAAUCACAAAUGCAGUUGAAAUUGUUUAUAUUUAUGGGGAAUAAGUGAAUAAUUUUGAAAUGAAUUGAGAAUCUGCUAACGACGAAAGGAUUGUGAGAGUGGCUUUCUGAGAUCAGACACAGCUGGCGGAAUAAUUGCGCCUUUACCUUUUGAAGAAGCGAAAUGGGACAGACAAAGAGCCAAUUCACUGACGAGGAAUUACAAGAUUACGAAGACUUGACAUUUUUUUCGAAAAAAGAGAUACUCCUUGCUCAUAAAAAAUUUAAAAGCCUUGCACCCGAAAAAGUUGGACACAACAAGAAUGCCAAAUUAUCAAUGAGCAAAAUAUUACAAUAUCCAGAAUUGCGUGUAAACCCUUUCGGUGACCGAAUAUGUAAAGUGUUUAGCUCAAGUGAGGAUGGUGAUAUGACGUUUGAAGACUUUUUAGACAUGAUGAACGUAUUUAGUGAUGCUUGCCCAAAAAAAUUAAAAGCGGAAUAUGCUUUUCGCAUUUGGGAUUUUGAUGGUGAUGAUAUGCUUGGUGUUUCGGAUUUAAAACAAGUUAUUGAGCGAUUAUGCGGACCAGAAAACAAAUUAGAUGACUGCGAUAUGAAAGAGAUUAUUCACUGCAUUCUAGCAGAAGCAGAUUUCGAUGAUGAUGGAGCAUUGUCGUUUCCGGAAUUCGAGCAUGUCACUGAUAAGUCUAGAGACUUUCUUAAUUCUUUUCGCAUAAGACUUUAAGAGCACAACAACAACAGCACAACAAUCCAACCGACAUAUAAAAACAUUAUUUCUAUAAUGAUAUGUUUAAAAAUACCCAAAGUUUACACACUUACAUUUAGUAUUUUUCUUGUUGUAAUAUUUUAUAAUAGAAUUGAAUGAAUCUCAAAUGAAUUAGGUUAUUUAAGUAAACCCUUAUGAACUACACUUAUGUAUUUGCAUUUAUCAAUAACAUUUACUCGAAUAUAUGAAUGUUGUUGCAACCAAA